AUGACCAUGGCCCCCGAGCAGUCACCCUUCGAUGCCGAGUUUGAUGUUCUUGUAAAAGAGCAACUGGAAAAAUGGAAAGUCCCCGGCUUGAGUAUCGCAGUUAUUCAUGGACCUAAUACAUACACCAAGGCAUAUGGAAAGGCGGAACUGCCAAAUCCCACCACAGAUCGACCACCCCGGGAUAUGACAACUGAUACGUUGUUCGCAGCAUGCAGCACCACCAAGGCCUUUACCAGUGCUGCAACCUCCAUGGCAAUCCAGGACAGCAAGGCCACCAAGUCCCCGAUCGACUGGGACACAUCUCUGGCUUCCCUAAUCCCAGAAGACUUUAUCCUGGAGAACGAGUACGCGACCAAGAACAUUACACUUGAAGAUGCGCUAUCGCAUCGGUCGGGCAUGCCAGAUCAUAACUGGACCUUGGCUUUGUGCUCAAAUGAUGGCCAAACGCCGCGCUCCAUAGUUCGUGCGAUGCAAUAUAUGCCCCUUGCGACACCGCCGCGCACCAAAUACCACUAUAGCAAUCACAUGUUUAUUGCUGUGUCGCAUGCGUUGGAGCAACACACCGGCGAAACCCUGGGAGCGUUCAUGAAGAAACGCAUCUGGGACCCGCUCGGUAUGAGCGAAACGUUCUUCUCGCCAAGCGAAGCCCAGGCAAAUCCAUCAACUGCCGCAAAACUUGUGCAAGCAUACGACUGGGCUCCUACGGAGGAAGGCGGAACGUUCAUUCCAAAGCCACAGCUGGACUGGAAACCUAACAGUGGUGCUGGUGCUAUUGUCAGCAGCGUUGUCGACUACGCCCGUUGGAUACGGGAGUUGAUUGAAAAAGCCGGGCCGUUGAAAGGACAUGACAGCUUGACAGAUCCGCGGACGAUAUAUUUCCAGAAUGAUGAUUUGAAUUUGCCGGCUCCGUACCAUGGGUAUGCGCUCGGAUGGGUCGUGGAUAAUUACCGCGGGCAGCAUUUCUAUAGCCAUGCCGGUGGCUGGCCUGGUUACGGGAACUGGGUGGGAUUCGUCCCUGAGAAGAAGUUUGGAUUUGUGGUUAUGGGCAAUUCCUCUUCGGCUCGGUAUGCUGCGUUUAGAUUGGCCACUUAUCUUUUGGACAGGCGGCUUGGUCUAUCAGAUGAUCCAAAAUACGAGCAGCAGAUUGAUGCUUGUAUUGCGAGACAAACUCAGACAUGGGAGUCGAGUCUUGAAUAUGAAGAUGUGGAGGAUUCGAAGAAACGGGUGUUUCCUUCUUUGCCUGCUCCUCCAAUCCCAUGUACCUUGCCUCUGUCUGGAUAUGCUGGAACAUACAGACACCCCAUGGGUGUGACUUUAUUCAUCCGAAUAAGCAUUGAUGGACUCAUUGUUGACCUGCGGGAUCGAGUCAUUCCGUGUGAACUUUCUCUUGCUCAUGCAAGUGGGGAACAUUUCGUGGGCAGCAUCCAUAAUUCAGGAUUAAAUUUGUUGCCGCCCUUCCCUGUGGAAUUUUAUAUUGAUGCUACGGGGGUGGUGAAAAGAGUUGGACUUCUUUUGGAACCAGCUCUGAAGGAUAAGAAGCUCUGGUUUGAUCGUUGUGACUCCUAG